AUGGGUGCAGGAAUGGCCAAAUUCAUUGGCGAAGAGGUAGAAACGGUUGAUGACUAUGAUGAAUACUGUCAUCAUGCUGCUGGACUUGUGGGAUUAGGUAUGUCAAAGAUCUUCCUCGCUUCGGAGUUAGAAACACUGACUCCAGACUGGAAGCAGAUUUCAAAUUCUUCAGGUUUAUUCAUGCAGAAAACAAAUAUCAUUAGAGAUUAUCUUGAGGACAUUAAUGAAAUACCAAAAUCACGCAUGUUUUGGCCUCGUGAGAUUUGGGGAAAAUAUGUUGACAAACUCGAGGACUUAAAAAAUGAGGAAAAUUCAACAAAAGCAGUGCAGUGUUUGAAUGAAAUGGUCACUAAUGCAUUGAUUAAUGUUGAAGAUUUCUUAAAAUCCAAGGCUGUAUUGCGUACUCCUUCAAUAUUGAAGUCGGUUUCCCUCCCUCAGGUUGACAAGAACGAUCCAAAUGCAAUGAAAACACUAAAACAACUUGAAACCAUCAAGAAAAUCUGCAGAGAAAAUGGAGACCUCCACAAGAGGUAG